AUGAAGAUUGCUGCAGGACAGCUCAAAAGGGCCACACGUCAGGUCUGGUGUGGUGCUGUUCAGAUUUUCACCUCCGACACCCCUGAUGGCUGGAGGGACAGACUUCUGCUCACUGCCGUCAGUCUGGCUCUCAGCAUUCUACUGUCCAUCCUCCUCUUCCUCGGCCUGUACUUCUCUCUCAAGUACGAGGCCGUAGUCGCUGCUGGUGUGGCAAUCGCCUUUGGUGUAUGCUCUUCUGUGGCCCUGUCCCUCUCUCACAACGCCCGCUGCUUCACCGUGCUGGCCAUCAUCUCCUGCGGGCUAAAGCAGAUCCGGAACAUUCUCACUGCCGCCGGAACCAGCCUGGUGGUCCUGUGGAACGUCCAGAACACACUGCAGAACCUCCGGGGGCUGGCAAGGAGCCUGCUAUGCAACCUAGAGGCCAAAAAAGUGCUGGUGGACCUGGCACCCCUCAGCAACUUUGUGCGGAUGCUGAAAUGGGUGGGAAGCCAGAUCGGUCAUUUCACCGAUUUUGCCGUCUUGAACAGCAAGACGGAGUUCAAACUGAGGCCCUCGGUGGACUCUGUGGUGUUCCAGCAGAAGCUGUCGGAGGCCAAGCGGGUCCUGAACGAGACGGCCACGUCAGCCUUGGCCGCCAUGCACACGGCCUCCUCUGUGGCCGAGAAGCUGUUCCCGGCGCUGGGCAUCCUUUUGCUCGUGCUCUUCACGGCCCGCUACGUGAAGAGAUACCGCACAGACAGAAAGUUCAAGAACGUCUAUAUUACCGAGGCCCUACUGCGCUACGAUGAACGACAGAAAGCCCAACGCAAAGCCUCGAUUUUCCCACUGACAGAGAAAGAGAAGAAGCGGUACAUUGCCAUCCCCACUGCUCGUCCGUCUGUGAAGGAAGGGAAGGGCAUCCUGAAGUUUGCCAUGCCAGUCUUCAAGACCCUGUUCAUCUGGUUGUUCUUUAUUGGCAUUGAUGCACUGGUGUAUUGGCUCAUCACGCUACUGCGCACAAGACUGGAGGAAAUGGAGCCAUUUGAGGUGCCAGUUAUCAUGAAUCUGAAGGAACUCAAAACUUUAGUGGGCAUCCCAAUCCAUGUGGACACGGAGAGACGCGACUACUCCUUCCAGGUGAGCCUGUUUGAGAAGCAGUGUCUGCCGGAGCCCAAGCUCCUGCUGCACUCCCUGGCGCCCCUGCUGGUCAUCCUGUGCCUGCUGCUGUGCCUCAGCCUGGUGUCGGCCAAGCUCUCCCAGCUGAGGCUGCUGGUGUCCGAGCGCUUCUACGCCUGGCACGCCGAGGAACGCGCCCGGCACCUGCACGAGAAGAUCCUGAGGAAGAGGUCCAAGUGGAAGAUGGCCUCGCUGAAAGGGGAGCUGGCCAGACUCGCCAAGCAGGUUUGCUUUACUUAA